AAAAUAUGAGAUUUUACCGAUUAUUGUUUACAUUGCGAAAGAUGAGAACCGAACCGAAUCGAUCCGGAUUUAACUGAUCCUCCGGGAACAGCUUUACUUCUCAUUCACGUCGUGUUUGUUCUGCGGAGAUGUGCACACGGAACUUGAUUUUAGGCGCAGUUUUGAUUAUUUGAGGCGAUGAGCCCGGUUCGGUGCUGCUGACCCGCAGUAAGCAUCGGAAACAAACAUCCGAGAAGAGGAUCGAGAUUUAAAUCGCUCGGAGCGGAGCCAUGUUCGAUGCGCUUUGACCGUCACUCGGUGGAAAUCGGUGUGUAGGCAGCAUGCCAUUGCUUUGUAAGAAGAAAGGAGUGUAUAGAGCCUGAUCAGUUGAUAGACUGUCUUUAAACAGGCCGAAAGGAGAGGUUGACCAUAUCGAGGCCUCGUGUCGGGAGGUACCGCAGCCUUCGAUUGACGCUCGGAGUCGCAGCCGAACACCACGCGCCUAGCGCCGGAUACUGAGCGCUGGCGAGACUCGGGGAUUCGAGGCCUUGUUCGGGAAUGUCUGGCUAACUGAGGACGAGGUCUGUAGUGACAAAGAGGGGGAGAGCAGUCACAAAUUAAACCAAAAAAUAUACAUCACAAGUCGAAACCAACGACAGCUCAGUUAUUCAGGUCCAGCUCAGUCAUGAUGGAGGAACUGCACAGCUUGGAUCCUCGGAGGCAGGAGCUGCUCGAGGCUCGAUUCACUGGGGUCGGAGUCGCCAAGGGUUCUGGGCACAACGAGUCAUCCAAUCAUAGCCUGUGUAGCGUAGGCUCUCUGAGUGACAAAGAGCUUGAGACACCUGAGAAGAAGCCGAAUGACCAGAGAACACGUAAGAGGAAAGGAGACCCCUUUGACAGCCAAGCCAAAGCAGGAGGCCGAGGACACAAAAUCAGUGAUUAUUUUGAGUUUGCGGGGGGUAGUGGUACUGGCACUAGUCCGGCGCGUGGUAUUCCUCCUGUGGUGCGCUCCUCCCCGCAGCACUCUCUCUCCAACCCUCCUGCUGCAGUGCAGCAAGGAAGUCCGUCCUCUAUCAAUUCCAAUACAGACCACUCCCACUCAUCGUGCACCCUCAAACCAGCUUUCACACACACGCAGCACAGGGCAACACAGUCGGACAUGACUCUGGAGAAGCUGGCUGCGUUGGAGAGCAGUAAGAGUUCAGACCUCGAGAAAAAAGAGGGACGCAUCGAUGAUUUGCUCAGGGUGAACUGUGACCUGCGCAGACAGAUCGAUGAGCAGCAGAGAAUGUUGGAGCGCUGUAAGGAGCGCCUCAAUAAGUGUGUUACUAUGAGCAAGAAACUGCUCAUUGAGAAGUCGAAGCAGGAGAAGAUGGCGUGCAGGGACAAGAGCAUGCAGGACCGUCUCCGACUGGGCCAUUUCACUACAGUGCGACACGGCGCAUCCUUCACGGAGCAAUGGACCGACGGAUAUGCCUUUCAGAAUUUAAUCAAGCAGCAGGAACGGGUAAACUCUCAGAGAGAGGACAUUGAGAGACAGAGGAAGCUUCUGGCUAAGAAGAAGCCACCCAGCGCAGCCCAGACUCCGCCGCCCAACCUAGAACCCAAUAAACGCAAGAACAAGAGCAAUGGAGCAGAGAAUGAGAUGUUAUCGCUAGCAGAAUAUCACGAGCAAGAAGAAAUUUUCAAAUUGAGACUUGGUCACUUAAAGAAGGAGGAAGCCGAGAUCCAAGUUGAAUUGGAGAGGCUGGAACGAGUGCGUAAUCUUCACAUCCGAGAGCUUAAGAGAAUACACAAUGAAGAUAACUCCCAGUUCAAAGAUCACCCCACACUGAAUGACCGCUACCUGCUCCUGCACCUGCUGGGCCGAGGUGGCUUUAGUGAAGUCUACAAGGCCUUUGACUUGACAGAACAGCGGUACGUGGCUGUGAAAAUUCAUCAGCUCAAUAAGAACUGGAGAGACGAGAAGAAGGAAAACUACCACAAACACGCCUGCCGAGAGUAUCGCAUUCAUAAGGAACUGGAUCAUCCCAGAAUAGUCAAGCUCUACGACUAUUUCUCUCUGGACACCGACUCGUUCUGCACAGUGCUGGAGUAUUGUGAAGGCAAUGAUCUGGAUUUCUAUCUGAAGCAACACAAGCUAAUGUCUGAGAAAGAAGGCCGGUCCAUCAUCAUGCAGGUUGUCAACGCCCUGAAAUACCUGAACGAGAUCCGCCCACCAAUUAUCCAUUAUGAUCUUAAACCAGGUAACAUCCUGCUGGUGAAUGGCACAGCAUGUGGGGAGAUAAAAAUCACAGACUUCGGUUUGUCUAAGAUCAUGGACGAUGACAACUACGGCGUAGACGGCAUGGAGCUUACAUCGCAAGGAGCUGGGACUUACUGGUAUCUGCCCCCAGAAUGCUUUGUAGUAGGGAAAGAGCCACCCAAGAUCUCCAACAAAGUGGAUGUGUGGUCAGUUGGAGUGAUCUUCUACCAGUGCCUCUAUGGGAAAAAGCCGUUUGGUCAUAAUCAGUCGCAGCAGGAUAUCCUACAGGAGAACACUAUACUCAAAGCCACAGAGGUGCAGUUCCCUCCCAAACCUGGAGUUUCACCUGAGGCUAAGGCCUUCAUUCGUCGGUGUUUGGUGUACCGCAAGGAGGACCGUAUUGAUGUCCAUCAGCUGGCCAGUGACCCCUUCCUGCUCCCUCACAUCCGCAAAUCUGUGGCCACCACGGGAAACUCCAGCACGGCCGUCGCCUCCACCUCCAGCUCAUCCAAUAGCAGCGCCUCAAACUGAGAGCCCCACCCAUCCAUACCUGUCUGAUUGGAUCAGAGAGAGCCGGGCUUUGUAUUUGCCGUACUUGGCUCUACAGCGCCCAAGGUGGAGGAUCUGCCUCUAAGUAUACAGAGAGAGAAAAAGAGAGCAGGAGGAAGGGGAAAGAGAGAUGGAUGGAACGCUGGAGCAAUGUUCAUCCCUCUGUACCCCUCUUCCUCUCCCCAGCAAUGCAAAUCUUGUAUGGGGAGGGGAGGUUUUAAAAAAAAAGGCAUCCUUAAUGUAAGAGAGAGAGAAAAUUCCUGAGGCCAUGUCAUGCUAAAAGUAAUAGUGGAUUGAAUGAAGGACAGAUUUACAAGUGCUUGGACAGAUAAAAUGGACUGAUAUGUGCCCUGCACCCAACAACACACACAUUAUAUACACACACACACACACACGCACACAUACAGGCAUAUUCAUAAAGAAAGUUAUCUUCAGUUUCUUUGAAGGCAAAUAGCUAAUGAUGUGGGAGAACCCCCUCACUCCUACUACAGUGUCUUCUGUGUAAGAUAUUGCAAAUGAGUUUCUUUUCCUUCCCAGUGCCCACUUCCUGUUGUACACCCUCCAUCUAGGGAAUUUUGCUAGUGAGUUAAAUCAGUAUCAAUAGCCCAUAUUUCAAUCAGCCAUAUCAAAACCACCAUCAUUCAAACAAAUAACCAGUGCUAAAACGAAAGCUGUUUUCUUUUUGCCAGUUGGGAAUUGUAAUGGUGAAGUCUUACGGCGCUUUUUAUUUAAAAAAAAAAAUUUUUUUUUGGCUUAUUUGUCGUCCCCCCGCCCCGCCCCCCAUUCGAGACCAUUGUGUUGGUCAAGUCUCGCUUUCUUCCACCCCCUCCUUCUCUGUGACCAAAGCGGAGCUCUGCCAGCAGGUGGUGCUGUUUAACUUGAGAUUUCUUUUUCUAAUAAUUAUUUUAAAAAUGGUUUUGAUGUGAAGACAUGUUUUAGAAAAGCUAUUGUUGUAGAUGGUUUAGUGUUACUAACGGAAGGCCCCAAGUAUGUUCUAUUUUCUGUUAUAAUUGGAAAAAUUAACACUUUUUUUUUUUUGUUUUGUUUUGUUUUUAAUCUGAGAUUUAAGGUAGAAUUUCUAUUUUAUUAUUUUUUCUUUUUUCCAUGAUUUUAACGUUUCUCUCAUGCACCUACAUACACAUGCGCAUACACUCGCACCCACACACGCUCAUAUUUAUUUAGGUCUGUUUAAAUAGCUGAUUCCUGGUCCUGAUUGUCUACUGUGUGGGGAAGAGGACUUUUUGGAGGGAGGGGGGAUAGUAAAUGACGGGUACAGGGCAGAAAUGGCAAUGAUCAUUAAAUACUGUUGGUUAAAAAUUUC